AUGAUGAAAACGCGCUCCAGGCCGGCUGCGAAGGGUCCUCCCGCCAAAGGCAAGCUGCACAAAUCCACAAGAACUCGUUCUGUGUCUUCUGAAAAUCCACAGGUAAAGGGUCUACAAGCCUCAACGCGACCUACCAUGUCACCAAGCAGAGACUUCCCGCCAGAUGCCACACAUUCAAAGCCUGCUGUGUUUGCCGAGGGCAGCACGAUCACGUGGUACACGCCCAUCACGAAUGGCAGAGCACCCAGCAGAGACCCAACAUCACAGGUCCCUGUCCAGACGCCUGACACUGAAAUUCGGCACUCUAUACUCCCUUUGCUGGCCGUAUCAUUAAAUCCAAUUUCAUCAGCAGAGGAGAUGGCAGCAGUCAGGGGGCUGGUGCCCCCUCUGAUUCCGGGGCAAGCACCAUCUUCGGAGUCAGAUUUGACCCCAGCCCAAGACGUGGCCCAGAAAAGAGGCCUGGCGCCGCAAGUGCCUCAGACGCCAGCGCCUUUGCCGCCUGCCACGUCCACAGGAUGGGUGACCUCUGUGGAUUCCAACUUGCCAACACCCAACCUUGCUAUAGCUAGCAAGGGUCUGGCGCCGUCAUUUCCGCGCAUAUUUGCACCGUGCUCGUCCUCAGCCGAGGAGCGUGGCUGCAAUUACGAUGCUGAAAGGGUUGCCUGUGAGGCAGGCCCUUUGCCAUCAUUGCGAAGUGCGGUUGCGACUGUUGGAGAGAGCGUCAUCCUGCAGCACUUGCGAAGGACGGAUAACUUUUCCGUUCUUGAGCAGGAACAACAACGGGCCAACCAGCGGCAGGAAAAGCCAGAGGGGCAACCGCCUAAGGAUUGCAUAUUAGACCAGAUCCAGCCGAAAGGGGCAUGUCGUGUGGCGGCCCUGAAGGUUCUGUAUGGGCAGCUGCCGCAACAGAGCAUGGCGCAGUCAGUUCCUACACCUGUGGCGUCCAACGCCGUCGUUACAGUAUUCCCGCCCAAUGUUGAGACUGUGCAGACGAAUCAGCAUUCUGCCGCAGAUGGCGUAGAGUUGGUCAGGGCUGCCCUCAUCCCGACCGAUAGCCUGGAGGACGCCAUGGAUAGCUUAGAAGCGAAGUCACCUGCUGUCGACAUGGCCUGUAUGGAAGCUGCGCAGGCGCAAUUCCGGGCAGAGGUGGAGGCGGAGCAUCUGUUGCUGGACGCUACAGCAGCCUGGCACUUGGAGGGCAACAGAGUGCACGGAGUUAUUCUGGCGAGGCGGGCGUUGGAAGCACUGCGGUCAGGGCCUCAUCGGGCCAAGUAUCGGUCGGAGGUUGCUUCAUCUCUGGCCGACAUGCUUCAUGCCAUGAAUCUCUGGGAUGAGGCCCUUGACGCGGUGGACGAGGCCCUGCAGGCGGCCCAGCAGGCUGGCGAAUGGGCCCUGGCUGUUAAGCUCAGUAAUAAUAUGGGUGCGCUGUACAAGGAGCUUGGCCGGAAUGUAGCUGAGCCAAACCACACGCUACGCGUAAGGUCGGCUUGCCCCAAGGAGGGGCACUGUCUUAGCCUGUAG